AUGGCCUGGGUGUCUUCUAUCAGAAGACAUCUGACAUCUGAUGAAACACAGAAAAUUGUAGUCAUUGUAGAACUUUGGAAAGCAAAGAAAGAGGAACAGAUCUUUAAAAAAAAAAAAAAAAAAGGAACAUGUUUAAACAUCCUUCAAAUACUCCUUUAUGAGAAACAGGCUGAGAAAUUUAAUUUUACAAUGGAAGAAAUAGUCAAGGCUGUGAAUAGGAAUGACCUAGAACUCCAUUUCAAGACCACCCAGGCAGCCAGGUAUGUCUACACCAAAGAUGUUUUCUUGGAAAAGAAACCCAUGUUUGUUGAAGUAAAACUCAUUUUCAAGCUGGUGACAUUUCCGAGCUGGUUUUAUAGUCGUGACUUGUAGUUUAAGGCAGCCUAGACCCUGACAAACAUUGCUUCAGGCUCAUCUGAACGGACCUAAGCAACUGUGGAUGCUGGAGCUAUUCUUCUAUUGACUGAACUCUUCUCUUCCUCAAACUUACACAUCAGUGAACAAGCUGUGUGGGAACUAGGAAACAUGGGAGGUUAUAGAGCUGAAUUGAGACAUGCCUUUAACUUCCGUAAAGUGAUCCCUCCUCUCUCAAUUCUUGUCUCACCUAUUAAACCUAUUACAUUUCUGUGGAAUGUGACAAGGACUUUGUCCAGUUCUAGGAAUGAAAACCCAUUCCCUUAUGCAAAGUUAGUUAAAUAGAUCCUGCCAGUUCUUCUCCAAUUAUUGCAAUACCAAGACCAUGAGAUUCUGUCAGAAGCUUGCUGCAUUCUGUCAUACCUUACUGAUGGCCUCAGUCGUAGGAUUAACCAAAUGGUGUAGACUGAGGUUCUUCCGAGGCUAAUCUAGCCCUUAAGCAGCCCAUACCUGACUAUUAUGGUAAACCCACCCUAUCCCUUCCUUUUGGGCAGUUGGUAACUGGUGACUGGGACAGAUCAACAAAUCUACAUGGCCAUUGAUGAAGGUUUCUUGACAAUGCUCCGUCUCCUGCAUCAGCAGAGGCCCCCGAUCCAGAAGAAGGCUGUGCAGACACUAAGCAAUAUUGCUGCAGGCUCUCAUGAAAAGAUACAGCAAUUUAUUACUACAGACAACCUUGAUGCUCUGCUAAGAAAUGGAGAAUUCAGAAUCAAGUAAGAGAUUAUUUGCACAAUGACUAACUUCACAAGUCAGGGAACAUUGCACCAGAUGCUUCAAUUCAUCAAGGCUGGAAUCCUGAAACCUCUGCUCAAUUUACUCACUGUCAAAGACAGCAAAACUCUUCCUCCUCAUUCUCAACAUUACUGUUUCUUUCAUGAAAAACUGAGAGAGAAGGAAAAGCUGUGCUCUUUAAUAGAGGAACUUGGACUGGAUAAAAUCAAGGCAUUACAAUUUCACAACAAUAGCUCAAUCUUUUAAGCUUCCUUGGACCUCAUUGAGAAUUACUUUUCUGAUGGAUGUGAUCUUCAGAAUCUUCCUAAGACAAUUCAAAUGAAAGAGAUUCUGUUUCCUGGCAUGGCGCUGACGGCAUACAACAAUGCGGGCAGCACAGUGGCUCUGUGGACCUUCAGUUUGGCGGGCUGCCUAAUAACCUCCACUCCCACACUGUCCUUUGGAUCGUCCAAAACUCCCCCCUUCUGGCACAGAGUAGGUGCUUAA